AUUCGGACAUUGACUUUUGGAUGCUGUCAAUAAUUUUAAAUUUAUUGUCAGCUCCUAUUUGGUUUUCCGAUUUUCCAUAAAUUUAGAAGCUAAGUAAAUGACUUAAUAAAAUAAAUAAAUAAUCAAAAAGCGUGGACGAGACCUUAUUUAAUAUCCAAUUUCUCUCACAUAAUAUAUAAGAUGAAUAUAAUAAAGCAAUUAUGGCGAACAUCACCAGCCAUUCGAAGUGCUUUUGUAGCAAAUUACUCUGCCGUAAGACCAUUAUCCUCAGUCACGACAAAUGCAAUAAAACCAAUUGAAACGGUCCCACCGAGUGUGGAGGAACUGGACAAACUCUAUAAACGAGUGGAAUUGGAGAUGAGAGGCAUCGACCCCGCUGUUCUGUUAAGUUAUUCUUGGUUCUGCAUUGCUGCUGCCUCACAUUUAGGCAUUGAAGUAACUAAAAGUUGGACACUACGAAAAGCAGAGAAGGAAAGGCACACAUUGCUCAGAUGUGUUCAUAUUUACAAAAAGCACAGAGUGCAAUAUGAAAUACGAACAUACUUUAGAUUCAUCCAUUUGCAACGAUUAACAGGAUCUACAUGUGACACAUACUUAGAGUACAUUGAAAGGAACUUACCAGAAGGUUGUGCUUUAAAAGUCACUAAAGUGGAAUGCCAAGCAGUACCUGAACAUUUGAACCCACCAACAGAAGAAUAAAUGUACAUUUUAUAGAGUAGAGUUAGUUAAUAAAAUACAUUUAUAAGGA